CGGAGAGGCGGGUACGCAGUACUGUGCACCUGUACUCGUUGCAGCAGUCUGAAGAGGGAAAUCUUUCCUUGGGAGCCUGCGCCAGGAAGGAUAUGCCAUCACUGUGCCGACAACUCUGCGCCUUGAUUACAUGUGGAGGUGACGUCUGUGACAUCUUCCAAUGUGUCUGCGCUUUCUGCGUAUGUUGCCAUGACAAGGAGACGAAGCCGCAGCCGUUCACGACACUCCCCGUGUAUUCCACUACCACGGUCACCACGUCCAUUGCGGCCUACCCAAGUGAAAACCCGCAGUCGUACGGUACCAUUGCGAGUCAACAGCCUACGGCAGCCUUGCCACUUUCAGCGACAGACGAAGAUGAUACUGCAGCGCCUGUCACCAAGAGCUUUGGCAUUUCAGUUUAGCCUAGCAAAAACCUUUGGGAUUGGCGUCGACCUAAAAACUUGGCCAUUAUAUGUACGAGGCCAGCGUAGUAUUAAUCGAACUGCUGAUUUCUUACUUUA